AUGUUACUUGGAUUGACUGAAGAUUAUUCGAUUUUGUUGAGAGUGUUUGGAUUUUUACCCUUUCAGCAUGUAGUGAGAGUGUACUCGGUGGUGUGUAAGCAAUGGCAUUGCAUUUCACUCAUGCAAAGUCACUCAACUUUGACAUUGAAUUGGACACGUGACACUGGUCCACAUGGAACUGACAUGCACGAACGAAUGCAAGCAUUAUCUAACACUCCAAUGUUAGCAUGUGUUAGUAGUUUGGAUUUGAGUAAUAACUUACUUGGAGAUGCAUGUAUUUACAUGUUGUGUGAAAGUCCAUUUGCAUGUAACUUGACGAAACUAAACUUGUCAAGGAAUGAACUUUCGAAUAAUGGAGUUUCAUAUCUUACAUCUACUCCAUUUCUAGCAAACUUACAAGAAUUGAAUUUGGAAGGAAAUAGAAUUUCAUCUGAAGGUUUACAAUCAAUUUCUGAAUGUUCCUUCAUGUCAGGAUUGAAAACUCUGAAUUUAAAUCAGAAUUUGAUAGACGAAAGUGGAGUAAUUGCACUCUCGCAUAGUCCCUACAUGUCAUGUCUAACGAAUUUGAGUUUAAAUGUAAAUAAUAUUCGAAACCUAGGUGUAAAGUCAAUUAGUUCAAGUAUUUUUUUGGCAGAUUUGCAAAUUUUGAGUUUAUCAGGAUGUGGAUUGGAUAAUGAGGAUGUAAAAUGGAUUGCAAAUGGGAUGAUGACUAAUUUGGUGGAUUUGGAUUUGUCUGACAAUUUGAUUAGUGAUGUGAGUUCACUUGCAAGUUAUUCGAAACUGAUGAGAUUAUCAAAAUUGAAUCUGAAAGGAAAUUAUAUUAUUGAAAAAGAUGCUCUGGUGAUUCUCACAUCGAAUAGUUUAUCAAACCUUACUCAAUUAAACUUGAGUUGUAAUUGUAUUGCAAAUAUAGAAGAAAUAAGAAACAUUUCGAAUAGUAAUAAGAAACUACAAAUCGAUUUGCAAGAUAAUGAUCCAGUUCGAUCAUUGCUUCUUGGUGAUAAUCUUUAA